CAAUCAACCUUUUCUUCCUUACAACGCGGCAAUCUUGCCUCCUCAUUCUCCUGCGUUUUUUUUUGUUUCCCCUUAAAUAUACAACGCCUUUCCUUUUUUGUACAUAAUGCGUAUCACAUCAAUCCUGGCGCCUGCUCUGCUAGCCGUCUUUACCUUUGUACCCUCUGCUACCACUGUUUCCGCUUCAAAUACCUCUUCCAACUCUCUCGAUAUAGGCCUAAAUGUCACUCUUGGAGCAGCACCUUCCAAUAAUAAAAUCUACCAUUGGGAAAUCAAGCACUUCCCUAAAUCCAUCGCAGGUCUCGACACCCCUUUUCAUUUGACAAAAAAGAUGCGACCAGGCAGGAACCCAUUUGAUAUCGCUCGCGACCCCACUAGCAAGAAGCGCGACAGUCGUGUCUUGCGAUCCCUCUAUCCUGCUAAUUCUUUUGCUCGCUCAGGACAUCCACAUGCCGAGUUUACUUCCACGCCUCUCCCUCAGGAAGCCUUUUCAGGCCCUGUCAGUCGCUUUAUCCGUCUCGAAUAUCAAAUGUAUUUUCAACCUGGUUUCCAAUGGGUCAAGGGCGGGAAAUUGCCUGGCAUUCUGAUCGGGACCGAGAAGGGCUGUAAUGCUGCUUGCUCUGGAGGUGGAACCGCUGAACGCUGCUUCUCAACUCGUAUGAUGUGGCGUGCACAUGGUAGUGGCGAGCUCUAUCUCUAUGCUGCCAAAUCUCUUUAUUUCCCAAAAGAGAAACCAGAAAAAUGUAGUCGCAGCUUGGACAAAAGAUCGCCUGAAGCCUUGUUCCAGCUUGAGCAGCGACAGAUCAAAGCUGUUCACAUCCCUGAGGAUGAUGAAUGGGAUGAAGCCUCAUAUUUUAGUGAGGCAGGCCUGCAUAAGCGUGCACUUGAUAACUCGUGCCUGAAUGGGAUCAAUGUCAGGAUCACCCCUGGCUCUCGCAAUAUGUGUAACCCGACCUAUGGAAUUUCAGUUGGUCGUGGCGGCGACUUUAAGUUCAGGGCUGGUACCUGGCAUAAUAUUACCCAGAUCGUUCGCGUCAACUCCAAGGGCAAGGCCGUGAAGGACGGUUACCUGGCUGUCUACUUGGACCGCAAACCCGUUGUUCAAAUCAAUAAUCUAGUCCUUCUCAAGAAUGGUUACGAUCCUAAAAAGACCGUCGGUGAAGACCGUCUAGUCAAGUUUAUGUUUUCAUCCUUCUUCGGUGGCGCUGACGCGAGUUACCGGACUCGUAAGGCUCAAUGGAUUGCCUGGAAAGGAUUCAAGAUGACCACCAGUGUCAAGAACAUUUGGCACUAGAGAUCACAUCGAUUGCAGCAUUUUUUUUUUUCAACUCAUUUUCCUUAUGUAACUUAUUGUCAAUUCAUUUUUAUAUACCAUGUAUACUUGCCGCAUUAGUUUUUUAUAUUA